AGUACGAUGACAAACCAGUUGAACUAGUGCCUGAGAGUUUCCCUUCAACAUUCUUCUAUUUAAAGGCACCGGAUUUCUUUCCCAGUUAAUAGCAUUAAACUUAUUACAAGUAUCUACUAGCUUAGCAACCAAAACCAUGGCAAAUAUCCCUCAAAGUUCGUUAAUUGGGUUAUAUGUUCCUCUUCAUCAAUGAAAUGGACGCAUGGUGCAAAUAAAUUUUUGUAAGAUGGAGUUUCAUUCUCGAAGAUACAGACCGCUUAACAUACAAGACCACCUUAUCGUGUGAGGCGUGCGCAAGCAUCUCAAACGCACAUCUGACCUACCCUGGACCUUCAAUUGAACGCGGUGGCAUAAUAGUAAUUGACUUAGACAUAAUUACGUUGGCGAUGAAAGUAGCAUUUAUCACAGGCGGAGCUCAAGGGAUUGGAGAGAAAACCGCAAGGCUAUUCGUUAAACAUGGAGCCAAAGUCGUCAUUGCUGAUAUCCAAGAUGAAUUAGGCCAAUCUGUGUGUGAAGAUAUCGGCCUUGACAAGGCUACUUUUGUUCACUGUGACGUGACAAUUGAAUCAGAAGUUGAAAAUGCCAUAAAUAUGACACUUGCCAAAUAUGGUAAGUUGGACAUAAUGAUCAAUAAUGCAGCCAUAGUGGGUGACUUAAAGCCCAAUAUUCUGGAUAACGAUCAAUCCGCUUUUGAACGUGUAAUGAGGGUGAAUGUAACCGGUGUGUUCUUAGGAACUAAGCAUGCAGCUAGAGCCAUGAUCCCGGCUCGUAGUGGCAACAUCAUUAUGAUGGGAAGUACUUCAGGUAGCAUUGGAGGGAUUAUUUCUCAUGCUUAUUCGAGUUCAAAACAUGCGAUCGUGGGUCUCACCAAGAACACCGCAGCGGAACUUGGCCAAUAUGGGAUUCGUGUUAAUUGCUUAUCGCCUCACCUUACUCCUUCACCAUUAGCCACUAAUUUGAUAAAUGAUCAUCCUGAAAAAUACUCAAAAGUUUAUUCAAACCUCAAAGGGGUAGCUUUUAGCCAAGACGAUGUUGCGGAAGCCGCUCUAUUUCUCGCUAGCGAUGAGGCUAGGUAUAUGAGUGGGCAUAAUUUGCUACUUGAUGGAGGGUUUACGGUGAUUAAUCCGACUUUUGGUCUAUUUGCACGAGCUUCCCCUAUAGAAUAACUCUAGUGUUUAGUUAAAAUAUGAUGAGUGUGCUUAAGCUACUUGUGUAAUAUAUAAUGUUUCUUCUUGUAAGGUCAAUCUUAAAGAAUAAGAGUAACUCAUUUGUCCUAAAA